AUGAAAGCCCCAUUCAAAGUUCCUCAGGGUCUUAGCUCAACAUUUUGGAAUAAAAUACAGCACCUGGAAAUAGAUACAAGAACAAAGGACCGUUUAAUCAAAGAUGCUGUUAAAAUAGGCACCAAAAACCCAGAAGAUGAAAAAUUACUGCAGCUGGAGACCAUGGUUGAUAAUGUGAAAAAUCACCAGAAAAAAUCAUUGCAUCCAAUCCUCGCCAGAUAUUAUCUAGAUAAAGGAUAUUCUGAAAAUAGACAUAUUAAUUAUUUCAUGAAGAAUCAUAUUGAUAGGUGGUUGUUGGAAAGUUUAGUGACAAGGUAUACAAAUGAGAAGGAUAGUCUUUAUGUGCAAGCAAAAUCUAACACUCGUCUUAAUUCAUUAAAGCUACCGAGGGAAGAACGUCAACUUCCUUCUGUCAUGGAACUGCUAACAGGAAAUUUACAAAAGAAUAAUGAAGAGAAAAAGUUUGCAAUAAAAAGUAGCGAACUAAAAACCAAGGGAGGAAUUGUUAUCAAUUCACGUCUUUCCAAAAACCCUAAAGUAGUGGGGAAAAGGACAACGAAUGAUGCUGUGGAAGAAGCAGAGGAAAAAGAAGAGAUACUUCCACUUGAAUUUGAACUUCCUGAUAAUGAACAAAAAUUAGAGCAAAUGGAUAUAAUGGUGCGCCAAGUCAUCAAACACAUGAAUUUUUUAUCCAGUCACAAAUACUUUCAUACAAGAAAAUUGGCAUCGCCUAUUGUACAAACACCAGCAACCCUUUUGGGUGAAGAUAUUCCAGAGUUCAGAAAGAAAAACUUGACUCAAAAAAAAUUGACAUAUAUAAGAGGUAUAUUUCAACUAUAUCCUCCAAUUCGGAUUGAUGAUUCAAAUUAUUUAACGUCAAUGGUCGAAGUACAAAAGGUUUGUUAA